GCGGAGACUCGGCGCUGCUGGAGCGGGGUGCGGGCCCUCAUUCCGGGCGGAGCCCGAGUCGGAGGCACUUGUGAUAGGCUUCGGACAAAAUGUUUCAUUUAAGGACUUGUGCUGCUAAGUUGAGGCCAUUGACAGUUUCCCAGACUGUUAAGACAUUUUCACAAAACAGACCAGCAACAGCUAGGACAUUUCAACAGAUCCGAUGCUACACUGCACCUGUUGCUGCCGAGCCCUUCUUGAGUGGGACUAGUUCGAACUAUGUGGAGGAAAUGUACUACGCUUGGUUGGAAAACCCCAAAAGUGUACAUAAGUCAUGGGACAUAUUUUUCCGCAACACGAAUGCUGGAGCCCCCCCAGGCACUGCGUACCAAAGCCCCCUCCCCCUCAGCCAAGCCUCCCUUUCUGCCAUCGCUGGAGCACAGUCCCUGGUGGAGGCCCAGCCCAAUGUUGACAAGCUUGUGGAAGACCACUUGGCUGUGCAGUCUCUCAUCAGGGCUUAUCAGGUCAGGGGUCACCACAUUGCAAAACUUGAUCCUCUCGGAAUUAGUUGUGUAAAUUUUGAUGAUGCUCCAGUAACUGUUUCUUCAAACGUGGAUCUUGCAGUUUUCAAGGAACGGCUUCGAAUGCUAACAGUAGGAGGGUUUUAUGGACUCCAUGAAUCCGACCUUGACAAAGUCUUCCACUUGCCCACUACAACCUUCAUUGGGGGAAAUGAAUCUGCUCUGCCACUUCGGGAAAUCAUUCGCCGGCUGGAGAUGGCUUAUUGUCAGCAUAUUGGAGUGGAGUUUAUGUUUAUCAAUGACCUGGAGCAGUGCCAGUGGAUCCGGCAGAAGUUCGAGACUCCUGGAAUCAUGCAGUUCUCAAAUGAGGAGAAACGAACCCUGCUGGCAAGGCUUGUGCGGUCCACCAGGUUUGAGGAGUUCCUUCAGCGGAAGUGGUCCUCUGAGAAGCGCUUCGGUUUGGAAGGCUGUGAGGUCUUGAUUCCGGCCCUCAAGACCAUCAUUGACAAGUCGAGUGAGAAGGGUGUUGAUUACGUCAUUAUGGGGAUGCCUCACAGAGGGCGGCUGAAUGUGCUCGCAAACGUCAUCAGGAAGGAGCUCGAGCAGAUCUUCUGUCAGUUUGAUUCCAAGUUGGAGGCAGCUGAUGAGGGCUCAGGAGAUGUGAAGUAUCAUCUGGGCAUGUAUCAUCGGAGGAUUAAUCGUGUGACCGACAGAAACAUCACUCUGUCCUUGGUGGCCAACCCUUCCCACCUCGAGGCUGCCGACCCUGUGGUGAUGGGCAAAACCAAAGCUGAGCAGUUUUACUGUGGGGACACUGAAGGAAAGAAGGUCAUGUCCAUUCUUCUGCAUGGAGAUGCUGCAUUUGCUGGCCAGGGCAUUGUGUAUGAGACUUUCCACCUGAGUGACCUGCCAUCCUAUACCACACAUGGCACUGUGCACGUGGUUGUCAACAACCAGAUUGGCUUUACCACCGACCCCCGGAUGGCCCGGUCCUCUCCCUACCCCACAGACGUUGCCCGUGUGGUGAAUGCCCCCAUUUUCCACGUGAACUCAGAUGACCCUGAAGCAGUGAUGUACGUGUGCAAUGUGGCAGCCGAGUGGAGGAGCACCUUCCACAAGGAUGUCGUCGUUGACUUGGUAUGUUACCGGCGCAAUGGCCACAACGAGAUGGACGAGCCCAUGUUCACACAGCCGCUCAUGUAUAAGCAGAUCCGGAAGCAGAAGCCCGUCCUGCAGAAGUACGCCGAGGCGCUUGUGUCGCAGGGCGUGGUCAAUCAGCCGGAGUACGAGGAAGAAAUCUCCAAGUAUGACAAGAUUUGUGAGGAGGCCUUUGCAAGGUCCAAAGAUGAGAAGAUCUUGCACAUCAAGCACUGGCUCGACUCGCCCUGGCCUGGUUUCUUCACCCUGGACGGGCAGCCAAGGAGCAUGUCCUGCCCUUCCACCGGUUUAGCAGAAGAGAUUCUGAUGCACAUUGGGAAUGUGGCCAGCUCUGUACCUGUGGAGAACUUCACCAUUCAUGGAGGUCUAAGCCGCAUCCUGAAAACCCGCGGUGAACUAGUGAAGAACAGGACCGUGGACUGGGCCCUGGCAGAGUACAUGGCCUUUGGUUCCCUUCUGAAAGACGGGAUCCACAUCCGACUGAGUGGCCAGGACGUUGAGCGAGGCACUUUCAGCCACCGGCACCAUGUGCUGCAUGACCAGAAUGUGGAUAAGAGGACCUGUAUCCCAAUGAACCAUCUUUGGCCCAAUCAAGCCCCUUACACUGUCUGCAACAGCUCCUUAUCCGAGUACGGGGUCCUGGGCUUCGAGCUGGGCUUUGCCAUGGCCAGCCCUAAUGCCCUGGUGCUCUGGGAGGCCCAGUUUGGUGACUUCCACAACACAGCCCAGUGCAUCAUCGACCAGUUCAUCUGCCCAGGACAAGCCAAGUGGGUGCGGCAGAAUGGCAUCGUGCUGCUGCUGCCCCAUGGCAUGGAGGGCAUGGGCCCAGAACAUUCCUCGGCCAGACCAGAGAGAUUCCUGCAGAUGUGCAAUGAUGACCCGGAUGUCCUGCCGGACCUGGCAGAGGCCAAUUUCGACAUAAAUCAGCUGUAUGACUGCAACUGGGUCGUUGUCAACUGCUCCUCCCCUGGCAACUUCUUCCACGUGCUGCGGCGUCAGAUCCUCUUACCCUUCCGGAAGCCGUUAAUCAUCUUCACUCCAAAGUCCCUACUCCGUCACCCUGAAGCCAGAACCAGCUUUGAUGAAAUGCUUCCAGGAACCCACUUCCAGCGAGUGAUUCCAGAAAACGGCCCUGCUUCUCAGAACCCAGGAAAUGUCAAGAGACUUCUCCUCUGUACUGGCAAGGUGUACUAUGACCUCACCCGGGAGCGUGCGGCUCGCAACAUGACAGAAGAGGUGGCCAUCACGAGAAUCGAGCAGCUCUCUCCAUUCCCCUUUGACCUCCUGCUGAAGGAGGUGCAGAAGUACCCUAAUGCCGAGCUGGCCUGGUGCCAGGAGGAGCACAAGAACCAAGGCUACUACGACUAUGUGAAGCCCCGGCUGCGAACAACCAUCAGCCGUGCCCGGCCUGUCUGGUAUGCUGGCCGCGACCCAGCAGCUGCGCCGGCUACUGGUAACAAGAAGACCCACGUGACAGAACUGCAGCGCCUCCUGGACACAGCCUUCAACCUGGAUGCCUUCAAGGACCUGUCGUAGCCCGCCGCCAUCGCAGCUGCUGCCCUCUCCACGCCCGUGACUGCCCUGCUUCUCCACUAAAGAAUAGUGCCUCCCAUUGCAAUGACACGGGAUGUCUUGUCCCCUCCAGCGUUUGGCUGCCCCUCUCCCUUGCCAGAUGUCUCUCCUUCUGACCUCCCCCCGCUUUCUGGUGCCCCCACCCCCUGCCUCUCUCGAGGUCUCAGGGAGCAGGAGAAGGCAGUGCCAGCUGUGGGGAAGGCUGGGGCCUCCCUGUGGGCCCCGAGGUCCUUGCCACCCAGUAAGGAGAGCUGAUCAGCAGGGAGAAGCGUACUCACAGGCUGGAGUCGGGUCUGUUGUGGAAGGGGUCCCAUGGGCGGACCGGGCAUUGGUCAGACUUUUGACUCCAGGGAACAGAGGCAAAAGGGGCAGCUCUCUCUGAUCUUGGUUCAGAAGACACACCUGAGUCAGGAAGGGCCUGCCUCUCUCCAGUGUCCUCUCAUGCCCCCUGUGUGGCGGUGUGUACCUCUGCCCUUGCCUGGUCUCGGGAUCUGGAGCCCCCAGGGUGCCAGCGGUCAGGACCGACGUCCUGCUUGUUUCUCCAACUUAUUUCUCUUCCCCCAGCCCCACCCCAACCACAACUGUUCUUUCUUUUACUUCUUUUCAACAACACGGAGAUUUCCCGAUGCAUUCAUUUCUCUGCUGUGCCAAAGCCAGGCUGAGGGCCGGCAAGCGAAGGGAGACGGGACCGGAUGGGGCGUGGCCGAGCACAGCCGCCCGUCACCACCACCACUUAGGUCCUUCAUGGUGACAGAUCUGAUUAUUUAUUCUGGUUUAAAACAAAAAACAAAAAAAUAACUUUUCAUUUGCCUUGACCCAUAAAAUAAGUUAUCCUUGA